CCGAAUACCCCGCCGCUUAUAUGAGAGGUUAUUCUGUUGACCAAGCUACCAGCUCAUCAUAGAGCUACCAGCCCAACACAUCACCUUUCCAGCCCGGACAGAGCAGGAUGUCAGCCAGCAAGCCAGUCCUGAUCUCAGGCGGCGGCCUCGCAUCGCUGCUGCUUGCCCAGUCCCUGCGGCUGUCCAACAUCCCCUUCAAGAUCUUUGAGCGCGAUGCAUCGUUUGUAUUUCGCGCGCAAGGGUACCGACUGCGCCUGUCACCAGAAGGUCUCGACGCCAUCGAGUCUGUCCUCGAUCCGCAAACAUUCCAGCGGUUCUGGGACAGAUGUGGCAAAACAGGCGGCAGUGGCUUCGUCGCAUUCGAUGCUGUGACUGGGGAGCAAAUCGAGCACGAGACAUCUGGCAGCCUGGCCUCACGGGGGGGCAAGAUCGUCGGUAUAGCUCGGGGAGACAUGCGCAAGGUAUUCGCAGAGGGCUGCGAAGAACACAUCGAAUGGUCCAAGCACGUCGCGGGCUACGAACUGACCGAUGACGGCGUGAGGGCGAUAUUUGCCGACGGCACCAAGUCAGUCGAAGGUUCGAUGCUGAUCGGCGGCGAGGGCAUCUACUCCAAGGUCGCCAAGCAGCUAUCGGGUGGGAGGCUCAAGGUCUACGACACAGGCGCCAGGGGUAUCCACGGCCAGGCGCCAAGUACGGCGUUCAAGGGCCUGGGCGAGGGAGUCUUCAGGCUGCGAGACGAUACACGUCCCAAUGGCGCAAUCUUCGCCAUUACCAAUGUGCGCCCUGGUGACAUGGAUAACCCCGACAUCCAGUUCGGCUGGACGAUGGGGGGCCAACCAGGCGUGGUCCGCGCCCCCAACGACGACUACACCAUCAUGGGCAAGGAGGCUGCAGAUAUCGCCAAGUCGCUCACCAAAGACUGGCACCCUCGGUUUAAGCCGCUGUUCGAUGAGAUGAACGAGUGGGAAGCCACCUUCUGGAAGAUCACAUGUUCGACGCCUUCAGGUGUGCCGGAAUGGCCCAACGACCCUCGCGUGACCGUCAUUGGUGAUGCUGUCCAUUCCAUGACACCCGCAGGAGGCAUUGGGGCCAACACUGCCGUUCGAGAUUCCGCCCUGCUUGGGAGGUUGUUGCGCGAAGCUGGUGGCUACAAGCCCGGCAUCACUGCUGCUUACGAGAAGGAGAUGAGGGUUUACGCCAGCGAGGCUGUGCAGAAGAGUUAUUCUACUGCCACUACCUCAUUUGGCGUUAAUAUUGAUGAAGAGUCGAGUCCUACGGUAUAAAUAUUAGAAUUAUAAAGAAACAGAAGUCUGC